UUGCAGUAGCACGGAACGUCCCGAUCACAAGGUUCAUUGUCUGUAUUGGUACAGGCAACAUUAUUUAUUUUAUUUUUAUAACCGAUUUUGACUUUUGAAUACCUUACGUGUAUAUACACAUUUUUUUUUUUAAACAGCCUUUACGUUGGGGUUUGGAGAUUAAACGUAGCGAAGAAGUUUGUGUACAUCGCCGCUCCCCCCCCCCCCCGCGAGGAAAUAAAGACCUCAGUGAAGAUGGUUUGGGGGUAGAUUCAUGGCGUUCGAGUUCCAACUGGAGCGGAUCGCGGUGGGGGGGGAAACUUCACUCGGAGGGGACUGUUGUGGACUGACACUGCGCACAGUCUGCACAACAGAACAAAGAUGCGCCUGUUGAGCACAUCGUGCUGGUCUCCAGACGUAGAAACACGGAUGAAUGCAUUGAGGUCCAGUGGUGUGAUGCAGUUACUUUGGCUCCUCGCUGUCAUACUGUCCUGUCAAGGCUGCCCAGACAAGUGCACGUGCUCCUCGCAAACCGUAAAAUGUCAAAACCUGGACUUGGACGCAAUUCCACAUUUGGUACCUGCCGAUUCCAAGUUACUUUGGAUCACGGGAAACAACAUUUCCAGCAUCAAUGAGGACUCUUUUCCAAGCCACCUGGAAUUAUUAACAGAUCUUGAUCUCAGUGACAAUGAGAUGGGGGCCGUGGAGGAAACGGUGUUUCAUAACUUGCCAAACCUAGAGCGGCUGGAUCUGAGCAACAAUAAAAUCCAAAGUUUCAGCGAAAAGGCUUUUCCACAUGACAACAAAUUGCAGGUGUUGAACCUAAGUAGGUCUUUUCACAAUCUUUCCUCUGUGAAUGGGCUCUUGAACGUCCUAGAGAAUGGAAACCUCGUCCAGCUGACAGUCUUGGACCUGUCUCACAAUGACCUUGUGCUUCUGCAAGAUGAUUUAUUCCAAAGUUUAUCCAAUCUGGUCAACCUCAGCCUGCAGAACAGCUCCAUCAUCUCCAUCCCGCAUGGGAUACUAAAGGUGCCACGACUGCAAGACCUUGACCUGAGGCACAACGGUCUCAGGAAUCUUCCUUCCACCACUCUGACUGAGUUCAACCUGAAGUCAGACCUUCAUAUUCGCUUAGAAGGGAACCCCUGGGGUUGUGACUGUUUUAUUGAGGACAUGUUGGUGUGGCUGCAGAACUCCACGCAGGUCACAGACAUGAAUGAUCUGACCUGUGCAGACCCAGAGGGUCUGAGGCGCCGGCCACUUGUGCAGGUGCAGCAGUCCCGGCUGAAGUGUUCGGGCAACAUGGAGGGCGUGCUAGAGACUUCGUAUGUUUUCCUGGGUUUGGUGCUAGCACUGAUUGGCAUCAUAUUCCUGUUGGUGCUCUACCUGAACCGCAAAGGCAUCAAGCGCUGGAUGUACAACAUCCGGGAUGCUUGUAGGGACCACAUGGAGGGAUAUCAUUACAGGGAUUUGUGGAAAAACAACAGAGGGACUGCAUUUGUGAAAGGAUUCUCACCGGCAUGAAGGUGCCCCCUCCAUUGUCUGUGGCACUCUGACUGGCUGGACAGCUGUGACUUUACAGGUUCAUUUCAUCCAUCCCAAAGUUAAACACUAAUUCACAAGCACUUGUUUUCUCAUUAUGCUCUUGCAAUCUCUGCCGGUUCAUUUUGAAAAUGGAUGGCCUCCCCUCAGACUCAACUCCCCAAAGUGAGGCCUCCCGAGCACCGUGUCCCAGGGGGUACAUACAUGCAUACAUACAUACAGGCGAUUACAAUGUUUCCACAGAGAAACAAUCAGGAGUCGUCCACACACACAUUCAUGUUAACCAGAGAUUUUUGCCCAGCCACGCCUCAAGCGAUGCUUGGGAGCGCUUUGUAAUCACAGUGGAAACAAAGAUUGAAUGGUCUUGGGAAGUGGAAGAAUGAAACAAAUUAGUACUUUCUGGUCUAUAAUCCCCAUUGACACCUUCGCUGGUCCUUUUGUGCUUGUUAGCAGUAGUCUCCAAACACCGUCAACAUCUAAAUAGUCAGCCAUUGACUUAUGAUGUCAG